CCUGGGUGACACAUUAUCCCACUGUAGCAGCUGGGUGCGCAGUGUUUGGCCCAGAGGACCCACCCUGGUACACAGUCACCGCUGAGCAGCGUCGCUGUGCUGCGGAGGACGUUGUUCACAGAGCGGAAGAUGGCGACUGUUUGGAGGCUGCAGAGGAACCUCCGGAGCUGAUACCGGGGGAAGGAGAGGAAAGAUAUACGCUCAGAGCCCACUAAAGACCACGUCUAAAACAACGACAAUAAUGUCCCGCUCCCCUGAUAAUGAGGAUGGAUGCUUUGUUGCCAUGGAUACAGAGGAUGAUGGUGCAGAGCCUGCUGGGGUAACCGAAGAAGAGGCAAACAUGGGGUCCUGCCGACAAGAAGGGAACAUGGACAGUGGUGCCAAAGGAGAUGGGAGAACAAUGGUGGAGUUGCCAGAGGAAGUUCUUGAAUAUAUUCUGUCCUUCCUCUCACCUUACCAGGAACACAAGACUGCUGCGCUUGUAUGCAAGCAGUGGUAUCGCCUCAUUAAAGGUGUUGCUUAUCAGUGCUACCACGGUUUCUUGAGAGCUGUCCAGGAGGGAAAUAUCCAGUGGGAAAGUCGCACAUACCCAUAUCCAGGAACCCCGAUCACUCAGCGCUUCUCACACAGUGCAUGUUAUUAUGACUCGAACCAGUCUAUGUAUGUGUUUGGGGGUUGCACUCAGAGUAGCUGCAAUGCUGCCUUCAAUGAUCUGUGGAGACUUGACCUCAACAGCAAGGAGUGGAUCCGCCCUUUAGCCUCAGGCUCUUAUCCAUCUCCUAAAGCUGGGGCGACUCUAGUGAUGCAUAAAGAUCUGUUAGUGCUGUUUGGGGGGUGGACACGCCCCAGCCCAUAUCCGCUGCACCAACCAGAAAGAUUUUUUGAUGAAAUCCACACCUACUCUCCUUCAAAGAACUGGUGGAACUGUAUAGUUACAACACAUGGACCUCCACCUAUGGCUGGCCACUCUUCCUCUGUGAUUGGAAAUACCAUGGUGGUGUUUGGGGGAUCACUAGGAGCACGACAAAUGAGUAAUGAAGUCUGGGUUCUGGAUCUGGAGCAGUGGUCCUGGUCCAAACCACCCAUAUCUGGUCCAUUACCCCACCCACGAGGAGGCCAAUCACAAAUUGUGAUUGAUGAUCAGACGUUGCUCAUCUUGGGAGGCUGUGGCGGCCCUAAUGCACUCCUUAAAGAUGCCUGGCUACUCCACAUGGAUACACCACCAUGGAGGUGGCAGCAGCUGCAAGUGGAAAACGAGGAGCAUGGGGCCCCGGAGCUGUGGUGUCACCCAGCUUGUAGAGUGGGCCAGUGUGUGGUGGUUUUCUCACAGGCUCCAUCUGGCCGUGCACCGCUCAGCCCAAGUCUUAACUCCCGGCCCUCCCCCAUAAGUGCCACGCCUGCCCCUCUGGGCCCCGAACCGCCUUCUCUGCGCUCUCAUUCUCCUGUUCGGAGUGGGGCCGCCGGUGUUGUCCUGGGAGCUGUUGAAGAGGCUCCGUGUGUAAACGGCCGAUGGGGCACGCUGAGACCUCGGCCUUCAGCGAGAGGAAGUGCCAGAGAAGGGAGUCCAUCCUCAUCCCAACAGCCAUCUCCUUCACAAGGCCCAGAUAGCCCUCCUCUUCCUCCACUUCCCCAGUUAUUAAAUGGAUCCUCUCCUUCUCCAAGGACCAGCCCUGCCCAGGCUGCAUCUCCUUCCUCUCGCUCUCUCCCACCUGCCUCUACAGACUUUGGCUGGGAGUCUCCCCUUUCUGCCACUCAACACCCUGAGGUGCCCAGUACCAACGGCCUGCAUACACCUCCUGCAGCCUCCUCACACACUCCCCCAGGAGCAGUGUCCCCCGCUGCCUUACGACGAGGACUGGAGGCAGUGAAAAACAAAUCUUCCUCAUCUUUAUCGUCUUCAUCGUCAUCGUCUUCCCUUCAGACACAGGGGGCUUCUCCUGGAGGAGGAAGUGGUGGAGGAGCGGGUCCACCUGGAACCCCUCCAUCAUCGUCCUCCAGCCCUCCACAGGCUGCUGGAGCUGAUGGACAUGCUAUCCCACCUAUUGCACGGCGUCUCGGCCAUCACCCACCCCAAAGCCUGAACGUAGGGAAACCUCUGUACCAGUCUCUCAACUGCAAGCCCAUGCAGAUGUACGUGUUGGAUGUGUCCAGGGCCAAGUCUGCUCGGGUGGUGUCCUGGAGAGUUUACGGGAACGGGACUCCAACUGCGGUUACAGGGCCUCCUGAGACCAGCCUUCACACAGUGGUACAGGGCAGGGGAGAGCUCAUCAUUUUUGGAGGCCUCAUGGACAAGAAACAGAAUGUGAAGUACUACCCUAAAACCAACGCCUUGUACUUUGUACGAGCUAAAAGGUAAUACAGCUCCGGGCGGGAUUGGGAAGACAGACGCUCUGCCCUGUGACCACACAAGGGAAUUGACACACAAGGCCUUUUUCCUAUAGAGAGGAUUAUGGGAAAAGAACAUAAUCAUUGUUAGAUGUUCCACUUCAUAAAUUCACUAUUCUCCCUUCUGCCUACUGCAAGCAUUCAAAAUAAAACACUUUAACUACACUUUGAUAAAAACAUUUGGUUGAAUGAGAAUCCUGACCGUGUGUAUGGGUGUGUGUGUGUGUGUUUGUGACUGCAGUGAUUAGACAGGACAUUUCUUUUGUUGUUCCCAAAAAGGUGAUCAACCAAACAAUAACAUUUCUGUUUUUCUGUCGCCCUCCUCUGAACUCUUGAAAGAGAGGAACUCCGGAAGAACGGACGCAGAAACAUGACGACUACCUUGCUUUUUGUAUCACUCUUUAAGCCUGCAAUGUUUACAUUGAAAACAGUGUGUGUGUGUGUGUGUGUGUGUGUGUGUGUGUGUAUAUGUGUGUGUAUAUGUGUGUAUGUGUGUGUGUGUGUGUGUGUGUGUGUGUGUGUGUGUAUGUAUGUGUGUGUGUUAUGUGUGCACGGUGGUGGUUAAAAGUUGUUGACUGUGUGUCGGGCGCCAUGGUGGGUGAGAGAUGUGGCACUGUACUAUAAACAUAGUUAAACAAUAAAGGCCUCCAUGUCAGUCAGUCUUAAA